AUGGCGUCGUUUCUGGAUAACGCAUACAGUUUGGUCCACAUGGACAACACUGCAGACCAGCCCUCAUUGCAGGAGCUGAAGACGCAGUUGGAAAAAGGCACCGAUGAAUCGAAACUCGAAACCAUGCGGAAGGUUAUCACCGUCAUGCUCAAUGGCGACCCGAUGCCUCAGUUGCUCAUGCACAUUAUCCGUUUCGUCAUGCCCUCAAAGAGCAAGCCUCUGAAGAAGCUGCUAUACUUCUACUAUGAGAUCUGUCCGAAACUUGAUGCCAAUGGCAGGUUGAAGCAGGAGAUGAUCUUGGUCUGUAACGGAAUCCGGAACGACCUCCAACACCCCAACGAGUACGUUCGUGGCAACACUCUUCGAUUCCUUUGCAAGCUUCGCGAGCCCGAACUCAUCGAGCCUCUCCUGUCCUCUGCGCGCUCGUGUCUGGAACACCGCCACGCCUAUGUGCGUAAGAAUGCCGUCUGGGCUAUCGCUUCCAUUUACCAGCACUCGGAAUCUUUGAUCCCAGAUGCCCCCGAAUUGAUUCAAACGUUCCUUGGCACGGAGACCGACCACACCUGCAAGCGCAAUGCAUUCGCGGCUCUCAUGUCCAUCAGCCACCAGGGUGCGCUCGAAUAUCUUAGCUCUACAUUUGACAGCAUCCCGAAUACCGAUGAAUUGCUACAGCUAGUGGAACUCGAGUUCAUCAGAAAGGAUGCUGUCCAAAAUUCUCAGAACAAGGCGAGAUAUCUCCGCUUGAUCUUCGACCUUCUUGAGGCGUCUGCGAGCACGGUUAUCUACGAAGCUGCGACAUCUUUGACUGCUCUUACGAGCAACCCCGUUGCUGUGAAGGCGGCUGCGUCGAAGUUGAUCGAGCUUAGCAUCAAGGAGGCAGACAACAACGUGAAGCUUAUCGUUCUCGACAGAGUUGAUCAACUAAGAAUCAAGAAUGAGGGUGUUCUAGAUGAUCUGACAAUGGAGAUUCUGCGUGUCCUUUCGAGCCCUGACAUUGAUGUUCGUCGAAAGGCUCUGGGAAUCGCUCUGGAGAUGGUUUCAAGCAAGAAUGUCGAAGAGAUUGUCAUGCUUCUCAAGAAGGAACUUGCCAAGACUGUUGAUGAACAAUAUGAGAAGAACUCUGAGUACCGUCAACUCUUGAUCCAGUCCAUCCACCAGUGCGCCAUCAAGUUCUCCGAAAUAGCUGCUAGCGUCGUUGAUCUCCUCAUGGAUUUCAUUGUCGAUUUCAACAACAAUUCUGCCGUGGACGUCAUCUCCUUUGUCAAGGAGGUUGUCGAGAAAUUCCCCAAGCUACGAGCAUCAAUCAUUGAGCGCCUCGUUUCUACUCUCAGCGAAGUGCGCGCCGGAAAGGUAUACCGUGGAGUCCUCUGGGUCAUUGGAGAAUAUUCACUGGAGGCUACCGAUAUCCGGGAAGCGUGGAAGCGAAUCCGUGCCUCUCUUGGAGAGAUUCCAAUUUUGGCCUCCGAACAGCGGCUGCUUGAGGAAGUUCCUGAUGAAAGUGCAGCUUUGAAGGAACAGGUCAACGGUCACCCGAAGGCCGCUCCUACAGGCUCAAGGAAAGUUUUGGCCGACGGCACAUAUGCCACAGAGAGUGCUCUUACCAGCCAAUCUGCAGCAGCAGCUAAGCUCGAAGCCGUGAAGGCUGCUCAGAAGCCACCGCUGAGACAGCUCAUUCUCGAUGGCGACUAUUACCUGGCCACUGUUCUUUCAUCUACGUUGACAAAGUUGGUGAUGCGUCAUUCCGAAGUCUCUGAAGAUUCUGCUCGCACGAAUGCUCUCCGCGCCGAGGCUAUGCUCAUCAUGAUCUCUAUCAUCCGUGUGGGACAAUCUCAGUUUGUCAAGGCCCCUAUCGAUGAGGACUCUGUGGACCGCAUCAUGACUUGCGUUCGCUCUCUUGCCGAAUUCACGGAGAGGAAGGAGCUUGAGACGACAUUCCUGGAGGAUACAAGGAAAGCAUUCCGUGCUAUGGUCCAGGUUGAGGAGAAGAAGCGGGCAGCAAAGGAGGCUGUUGAGAAGGCCAAGACUGCCGUUCAGGUUGACGACGCCAUGCCGAUCAGACAGCUGGCAAAGAAGAACGCCGGCGAGGGCACCGAUGAGAUCGAACUCGACCUUGCGAAGGCUACCGGUGGCGACUCCACUCUCGAGGAUAUCUCUUCUAAGCUGAGCAGAGUCGUACAGCUCACUGGUUUCUCCGAUCCAGUGUAUGCUGAGGCCUAUGUCAAGGUCCACCAGUUUGAUAUCGUCCUGGAUGUUCUGCUGGUCAACCAGACCACGGAGACUCUCCAGAACUUGUCUGUCGAAUUCGCAACCCUUGGAGACCUCAAGGUCGUUGAGCGACCAACCACUCAGAAUCUGGGACCGCGCGAUUUCUUGAACGUGCAGGCUACGGUCAAGGUGUCUUCCACAGAUACUGGUGUGAUCUUCGGAAACGUCGUCUAUGACGGACCCAGCUCCACCGAAACGCACGUUGUCAUCCUGAACGAUGUCCACGCAGACAUCAUGGACUACAUCCAGCCGGCCUACUGCAGCGAGACCCAGUUCAGGACCAUGUGGACUGAGUUUGAAUGGGAGAACAAGGUCAACAUCAACUCCAAGGCCAAGAGUCUCCGAGAGUUCCUCAAGCAGCUCAUGGAGAGCACCAACAUGGCGUGCCUGACUCCUGAAGCGUCGCUCAAGGGCGACUGCCAGUUCUUGAGUGCUAACUUAUAUGCCCGGAGCGUAUUUGGCGAGGACGCGCUGGCGAACUUGAGUAUUGAGAAGGAGGGUGAAGAUGGCGCCAUCACCGGAUUUGUGCGGAUACGGAGCCGUUCCCAGGGCCUGGCUUUGAGCCUGGGUUCCCUUAAGGGCCUCAAGGCCACUGCUGCGUGA